GGAGCAACAAUACCACAAGAGAAUAAUCAAACAACGUGAAGAUAGCACUUCCUCCUCUAUAGCUCAAAGAGUUGCUUAUUCAGGCCCAGUUGUUCGUGUUUGUCUUUCAGCAAUGAUGAAGAAAGUUGUACUAUUGGCUUUACCAGUGGUACUUUUAGCGUUGAUCUAUCAAGCCAUUAUUCCACCUCCUCCAAGAACUUGCAGCACUGCUGGUGUUCCAUCACUCACACCAAGAAUCAAACUUAGAGAUGGAAGGAAUUUGGUGUACAAAGAAUAUGGUGUGCCCAAAAAGAUUGCUAAGUAUAAUGUCAUUUAUGUCCAUAGCUUUGGUGGUAGCAAAUUUGAGGCUUCACUUAUAACUCCGCAAGCAAUUGAAGAAUUAGGGGUAUACUUUGUGUCCUUUGAUAGACCAGGUUAUGGUAAAAGUGAUCCUCAUCCAAAGAGAACUUUUAAAAGUUUAGCUCUUGAUAUUGAAGAGCUUGCUGACCAAUUGGAACUUGGAAAUAAAUUCUAUGUUAUGGGAUUUGCUAUGGGUGCGCACUUUGUUUGGGGCUGCCUUAAGUACAUACCUCAAAGAUUAGCAGGAGCUGCAUUAUUGGCCCCAGCAAUCAAUUAUUGGUGGCCAGGACUUCCAGCAAAUUUGACUAAAGAAGCUUAUGAUAAGCAAUUAAUUAGAGACCAAUGGAUUUAUAAAGUUGCAUAUUAUGCCCCAUGGCUUAUGUAUUGGUGGAACACACAACAAUAUAUUCCUGGUUUUAGUGUUAUAACUGGGGAAUUUAAAUUGUCUCCAAAAGAUCUCAAAAUUGCCUCCUCGCUUGAUGAGAUGCAACUUCAGCAGGCAUAUGUUACACAACAAGGAGAAUUUGAGUCCCUCCAUAGAGACCUAAUUAUUGGUUUUGGUAAACCAGAAUUUGAUCCUAUGGAUAUGAAAAAUCCUUUUUCAAAUAAUGAAGGCAACGUACAUUUAUGGCAUGGCGUUGAUGAUGGAAUUGUGUCUGUUAAAUUACAAAGCUUCAUUGCACAAAAACUUCCCUGGAUAAAUUAUCAUGAGCAACAAGAUGCUGGCCACUUGUUUCCUUGUGGGGAUGAUAGUGUAAAAUAUGAUAUAUGGAAGGCCCUUUUGAAUGAGAAAAUUUAAUUGAUUGUUUAUCUUGAUAGUACUGGAUCCAGGAUCUUUUUGUGAUAAUAAUGCUAAUAUGUAACAAAUUUCUUAAGACCACCUACUUUCUGUUUUUACCAGUAUUGGAUUUAGAGCGGACUAAUUUGGAUUUGUGUCAGAAAAUUUCACUUUGAGAAU